AUGUCGGAACAUCAUCGGAAGCCACAUGUUACAACUGCUGACGAAUCACGACGGGUACCGUAUCUCAAGCCAAAAUCAAGAAUAGGCAUUUCGUGGAGCAGGUUGCUAUACAAUGUACAUUAUAUAAGUCGACACUGGAAAGACCGAUUAAUUGUGAAAGCUGCUGCUGUCGUACUUGUUUAUACCAUUGGGUUAUAUGCUUUCAUUAAAAAAUGCUAUGGCAAUGAACAUCCGCUGAAUCGUUAUCAGUGGAGGCAAAUGAAAAAGAAUGGUCAAUUAAGCCAGGAAAUGUUGCAUAAAGAGGAAGUUGUUCAAAAUUACAUGAAAACGCGAUUUGAUAGGAUGUUUGAGAAAGAACCGACCUAUGUCGUACGAAAGCAAGGUCCACCCGGUGUGUUGUGA